GGUGGUGUGGUCGCUCUGCAGGCACGUAAACGGGAAACAGAAGAAGAAGUGAAGGCCUCCGGUAACACCGACAACUGUUGCACUCCCUGCGACGACGGAUAUAUAUAAAAAAAACUCCCCUUUUUCUUCUGCACAUAUUUGUUUUUCUGCUCUUUGCUGCAGAAACAGGAACCAGAGCUCCUAAUCAUGGCGACAGCUGCGGUGUCUGCCCCUGCCGGCUGCGGCCCCAGCCCCGGGUCGGGGACGGAGCUGGUCCGCGGGCAGGCCUUCGACGUCGGGCCUCGGUACAGCAACCUCUCCUACAUCGGGGAGGGAGCCUACGGGAUGGUGUGCUCUGCCUACGACCGGGACAACAAGAUCCGUGUGGCCAUCAAGAAGAUCAGCCCCUUCGAGCACCAGACGUACUGCCAACGCACUCUGAGGGAGAUCAAAAUCCUCCUGCGCUUCAAACAUGAGAACAUCAUCGGCAUCAACGACAUCAUCCGCACACCAACCAUUGACCUGAUGAAGGACGUAUACAUCGUCCAGGAUCUCAUGGAGACCGACCUGUACAAGCUCCUGAAGACCCAACACCUGAGCAACGACCACAUCUGCUACUUCCUCUACCAGAUCCUACGAGGCCUCAAGUACAUCCACUCUGCCAACGUCCUGCACCGCGACCUGAAGCCCUCCAACCUUCUGCUCAACACCACCUGUGAUCUCAAGAUCUGUGAUUUUGGUUUGGCCCGUGUGGCUGAUCCCGACCACGAUCACACUGGUUUCCUGACGGAGUACGUAGCCACUCGUUGGUACCGAGCACCUGAGAUCAUGCUCAACUCCAAGGGCUAUACCAAGUCCAUAGACAUCUGGUCAGUGGGCUGCAUCCUGGCUGAGAUGUUGUCCAACAGGCCAAUCUUUCCCGGGAAGCACUACUUGGAUCAGCUUAACCACAUUUUGGGGAUCCUGGGUUCUCCCACUCAGGAGGAUCUCAACUGCAUCAUCAACAUUAAGGCCAGGAACUACCUUUUGUCGCUGCCUUUGCGCUGCAAAGUGCCGUGGAACCGCCUCUUCCCCAACGCUGACCCCAAAGCUCUGGACCUGUUGGACAAGAUGUUGACCUUCAACCCUCACAAGAGGAUCGAGGUGGAGGAGGCCCUGGCGCACCCUUACCUGGAGCAGUAUUACGACCCCACAGAUGAGCCUGUCGCCGAGGCCCCGUUCAAGUUUGACAUGGAGCUGGAUGACCUACCCAAAGAGACACUGAAGGAACUCAUCUUUGAAGAAACCGCACGUUUCCAGUGCGCCUUUAGGUCCUAACGUCUCACUCGGAUGAUUCUGUGGACGGGCUUCUGCGUUGCCACUGCUCCUCCUCGCCUCCACGCUGUUGCUGUGAUAUUCUUUUGUUUCUUUUCUUUUGUUUCUUUUUGUUUUUGGUUAUUUUCCUCUCCAGUCGUCCACAUCACCUGGAUUCCUUGGGUCUCACUCGUCAAGUCCACUUUGCUCAGGAAUGGCGUCAGGAAUCAAUCAAUCAAUCAUUCUCCUGUCUUUCUUUUCUCCUCUUCUCUCGGUCUCUCUCUCUCUCUCUCUCUCUCUCUCUCUCUCUCUCUCUCUCUCUCUCUCUCUCUCUCUCUCUUUGACAUCACAGCUUACAGUUUGGGGGGUUGAUUUUGUGUUUCAAGCCAAGAUAAACAACUUUUUUGUGUGUGUGUGUGUGUCUUAAAGGCGUUUGGCUCUGGCUAUUCCUAUUCUAGACCUUUUUAUGUCCAGUGGAAUGACCGCGAUACACUAGCUGUUGUGUUUUCUGGUGCAACUGUCGUGGUUAUAACUCUGCCUACAUUGCACAAACAACAGUAGACUACUUAUAAGAAUCAUCCAUCAUAAAAAAAAAAUGAGUAUUUUGAAUUUUCUAACCUUUAUCGCACUGUUGAUCACGUUGGACACGUUGAUCUCUUAUCUUUUAGAACCUGAAUUAAAUCAACUGAUUUAUGCAAUGAAAUCACAUAAUCAGCCACAGACUUGUGGGCACAAAAGCCAUUAUCUUCUGUUGAUGAGGAUCUACAUCGUAACAACACACACUCACAGAAGGCCCAAAUGCAAAUAUAAAUAUAUACAUAGCCCAAAGAGUCUUAAGACACCUUAAUGGCAAAAAGUGAUGAUAGAAGGUGAAUCAGAUGAAUUUAUAACCUUUCUUUUUUAUUUUCAUUAAAAACAAAAAAAUGUUCUAAUUUCUCAUCGGCUUCAGUAAAAUGUCAGAUUGCGUAUAAAUGCACCGAAUCACAAGUACAUUGGAGGAUCAAUUUCUGCCUUAGCCAUGAGAAACUUAAAGGAAAUGUCUGUUAUUUCAUACAAGUCUGUAUGUACUGUAUGAUGUCUUUCACAUGGGAGAAAAUUAUCACUCAGAAGUCGUUUUCGUCUGGAUGAAACGUUGUCGUGCCUCCUUUCUUUUUUUUCCUCUCUUCCUGUUUGGUGUUUUCUUUUCUCUCUCUCUCUCUCUCUCUCUCUCGCCUUGUCAGAAUAAUACUGUGCCCUUUGCAUGACUGUUAUAAGCUCCAUAUACAAAGACGACGAUGUUAAGUGCCACACAAGCCGGGCAGAUCCGCGGGGAGAGCGCCCAGCCUCUUUUCUGUUUCCACCUUUUCGUGGUAUGUCACACUUCCCAAUCACAUGGUGCUUUGUUUUGUUUUUUUGUCCUAAUUCUUUUUUUCGCCUCAGCAUUCUAUUCUCUAUGUCCGGUUUUAUGUCCUUUCCAUCGACAGUUUUCCUCGUUAUUAGGGCAAACUCCACCGUGGGCGCUAAGACAUCUUUUCUUAUGGUUGCAAAUAGGAGAAUAACCAUAUAUCUGUAUUUAUACCAAUCACACAGAAACUACAAAAUACGUUGUUUCCUCGACCUGAGAAGUGGGAUCCAGGCACGAUACAGUUGAAAUAAUACCCAAACGUAACAGAGCAGGUUUAGCAUUUGGUUCGUUGUAACAUUUUAUUUUUUUUGCUUGAGAUGCACAUUAUAACGCUGAUAACAGUUUGCAGUGUCAGCAACAGCCGACAACAAAAAAACAAGAAGCAGCAGAAGUCAAGAGCAGAUUUUUGGUUCUAGUCAGUAACUGCUGAUGACUGACUGUUGCAUUUCAAGAUUUAAUUUCAAGUGAACAGAAUUACGACUUUAAAGACUAUAUACAUGUGUUAACUCUUUUGGGAGGGUCAUUCAGUUUGUUUACAAGUUGGCCUCGAAUAUGUUCAGCUUCAUGGUAACAACAAGCCUUUUGUUGGGUUUCAGUAAUGCAGAUUCAUAAGAAAAGCUCCUUCAGUGAUGUGUGAGUGACCUUAAGAAUGAAACAAAGUAUUAUUUACGACACUAAAACAUCUCCAAUAUAUUGAAGUAAAAAAAAAAGUACCUUAAUGGAUUCUGCAAGGAUCUUUCUCUGCUGGCACUUAAAGUAGGAAAUUAGAGAUUUGAAUAUUAAACAGGACGGUUACAGGAGUAUACAGCUGCUUCGGCUGAUUUUUUUUCAUUCUGUGUUUCUGACAGAAGAUGAAUGAAGUUUAAAAACUCAACUUAUGAUUCUUCUUCUUCUGCAUUUGCAUAAAUGUCAAAGAGCAAGUUUGAGUUUGACAAAUGUUUCUCUUGAAGGCAGAGCUGCUCUGGUCAAAUGAAAUCACAGUGGACGGAGCCAAAGACGUUUCUAUUAGUCUUUUGUUCUGGAUGAAUAAUGUCAGACAAAAACCGAGUAGGGGCAAAGAGAGGAGGGCUGAUGCUCUGCUGAUGAUUGGUCUUAAUAAAAUGUCAGUCAAUGGUGAAAAAUUACAAAUAUUACCCUCUAAGUCCCACCAAUAGUCAAAAAAUCUUGAGGUAUAAAGAUAACGCUGAUAUGAAACCGAGAAAAACGGCACUCUCAUAUUUUGAGAAGCUCUAACCAGCAAAUGUUCAGUAUUUUACCUUAAUAAAUGAAUUAAACAAUUAUCCAUUUAUCUGAAUUGUUUACAAAUAAAUUAAUCAACCUUAGUGUUAAAUUGGUCCACUUUCAGUUAAUUGCUAAGAAGCCUUAACUUAAAUCGUCUUUUAGGCGCAAACCAGGUCAGAUAAAAAAAAAAAAGAAAUCCUAAGUUUGCAAUUAUAAAUGAAUAAUGUACUUUUCAAGGUAAAUUCUAACUGAAAUAUCUGUCUCAAACUGUCUCUAUUGCCCUUAUAAUUAGUGUGAAUGUAUGCAGGAAACAUUAGAAAAUAACAGACCUGUCAAAAAUAAAGUGUCACCAGAAAAUGUCCUUCAAACUUUAUUAUUAUUUAAUUUUUUUUAAAUACAAUUUUUUUGAUCAGAGUUCAAUCUUUACUUAUACCAGAAAAAAAACAAAACUGCUCGCCAGUUCCAUCAUCUGCAAUUUAACUCAUCUGAAAACUGACCAAAACUGCAUUGCAGAAAUUUUCUUUGCACUCUCAAAUUUUCCCCUGAUCCGACGUUGACCGUGAGGCAGAGACCCGUCUGUCCCAGCGCUCAGUCCUCACACUCGCUGUAAACACCCGUCACGGGUAACACGAUUAUCAAAUGCACUUGCUUCUACAGUAGUUGGGAAUGGGACGUGUAAUCCGAGGUGCCUGCCGGGACUUGACUUGCCUGUAGAUAGUCUUUUAUUUUGACGGGGGAAUGGGGUGGUGGGGGGGGGUUAGUUAUAAUCAAGGGCACAGGAAACCUUACUGGGAUUCGUUGUAUAAAAAAGCUUCUGCUGAGUUCUUUGUGCAACCUGUCUGUUUGUGCCUUUUUUGAUAGUCUUGAUAUCCAAGAUUUGAUGUGCAGCUUUUGUUCAGUCGGGAAUCCGUUUGUAAUCGCAGUAUACGCUCUUAAAAAUGAACAACAAUCAAGUCUGAGGGAGGGGUGGUGGGGGGGGUUCCUUUAUAUUUCAGUUAUGUACAUUUUAAAGAGAUUUGUUGCCACAGCUGUGUGAUUUGUGACUGUAUUGAAAAGAUGAAAAGCAAACAUUUAUAUUAUUUUUUUGCGUUACCCUUUUUUCUUUCUUUUUUUUCUUGGGAUGUUUUGUGCAGAUAUUUUUAUUGUAAAAUGAAUGUUAUGUUUCUAUCAGACACUAAUCUUGUUUGAGUUGUCUCCAGUGGGAAAACUACUUCACUCUGUAUGUUUUGAUCAGUAUAAACCUUUUAAUUGUGUAGUUAACAUUUCUGAAAGAGGAAAAAAAUAAAUAAAAAUAAAAAGAUCCUUUUAAAGGUUCCUGAUUGACCUGCCAUAGACAUCGUUUCAAUCGAUCGGUCAGUUUUUUUUUUUUGCUGUCGUGUGAAGGAUUUGACUUGAACGAAGCAUUUCUUUGCUAUUAUUAAAGACUGACUGCCACUUUGACAAACCUGGUUUGUUGUUUUGUUUUU